AUCCUUCUUCCGUUACUACUUCCGUGACAGUCUCGCUUCUUCCCGUCCUCUCUCUUGCUUCCUGACUGGUGAGCAUGCCGCGCUGUCCGCGGUGCUGAAACCCGUCCGUCUCACCCUCGCGCCUUUUAAUGCGACAAGGCAGACGGACGCGCGAGAGCCGGACUGAAACGAGAGAAUAACCGAGAGGUAGAGAGAGAGAGAGAGAAGAUGAGGGGAUGAGCGGAGCAGAGCUGCUUCUGCACGUCGAGCGCGCGGUGUAAAGGAUGACACCGUGUUUGGCGCGCGCGGUGCUGUGCGUGCUGAGCUGCUUCAGCGUGUCGCGGGUUCUGGCCGACAGUUUAGCUCCUCCUGUAAAUGUGUCUAUCCGGGAUCUAAAGGCCAACUCAGCUACAGUGACAUGGGACAUCCCAGGAGCAGAGCCAGUUAUUGGAUUUGCCAUCACACAGCAGAAAAAGGACGUGCACAUGCUACGCUUCAUACAGGAAGUGAACACCACCACGCGGAGCUGUGCAUUGUGGGAUUUGGAGGCGGAGACGGACUACAUCGUGCACGUGCAGUCCAUCAGCGCGCACGGGACGAGUCCGCCGAGCGAAACUCUGCGUUUCCGGACGCCGAAGGAAACCGAGAUACAGGCGUCUAAAAACGAAGUCACCAUGGAGGAAGUGGGGCAAGCCAGUCAGCUCAGGGCCGGGGAGCUCAUCAUCAUCGUGGUGGUGCUAGUAAUGUGGGCAGGUGUGAUUGCCCUGUUCUGCCGUCAGUACGACAUAAUCAAAGACAACGAGCCUAACAAUAACAAAGACAAAGCCAAGAAUUCAUCAGAGUGCAGUACCCCCGAGCACCCAACGGGGGGGCUGUUACGGAGCAAGGUGUAACGCCAUCACCUCCA